AUGGAGCCUUUUGAUUCCGUCUUCAACCAUCUGGUCUUGCCGGUCAAGUUGCCCAACCACAAGGAUCCGGAUCCAGAAGCCACAGGAGCAGCUAUCUUGACUCGCCUCAAGAACGCUUGUCAAGUCGUGGCCAAGGACACUGGUGAUGAUGCCUGGUCGUCAAUCAAACGUUGUCUCGGGAAAUGCAAGGGCAUCGCAGAAGCACAUUUUGAUGCCCAGCACUUACUGCAAGACUGGGCCGAUCUCCGCCUGGACGACCUGUGCUUGCUGCGAAUAUCGGAGCAGAAUGCAGCGCUUUUGAUCCGUCGUGAUAUUCAGAACGAAGAACACUUUGUUAUCUUCGAGGUCUUUGAAACCUCACCUUCGGCGAAAGACGUGCUCGAGUCCGCCAAUGCUCUCGAAUGGGAUUUCCCCGGCCGUGCUGCUCAGAUUCCGCUACAUGUUUUCCAGCACGCUUCCUUUCAGGAAAACAUGUCUCGAUUCCUCGAACAGGCUGCCCAAGAACCUCUGCAUCGCUUUGCUGCACGUGCCAGAAAGGCUGGAGCAACCCCCGUGGAAUCUAGAGAUACCACCGACCCGGGCCUGCUGACCCAGUUUCUGAUGCCUAUACUAGAAGCGACCGGGCAGUCUAUCGACACCCCGAAGCUCAGAAAGCGGGUCAGAGACGAUGUGAGCAUCUCCAGUGCCGAUUUUCCCUGGAGAAGAGAGCCAUCCUGGCUGGCGUUACGUGUGGCUGUCCAGCGUCAGCUAUGUCUCAGCAUGGGGAACGAAUGCGGCCGAGCGUCGUACAAGUUCUUGAUUUGCACUAUGCUUGCUCGGCUCCUUAAGGACUGCGUCGGGGGACUUUCUCCAGACAUGACGUUUGUCCUGAGAGCCAAGCUGUGUCGCCGCCUUGCGAAACUUGAGCAGGAGAAGUCCAAGGCUUCCGGAUCCGCUUGUGGCGUCUACCAGAAGCUGUUUGACACUGUCGGGGUGCAAUGCGAGGACAUCAUAGGUAAAGCGUCACGUCAGAUCGAAAGCGCAUGGGACAACUUCAAAAGGACGACGACACGACGGAUCCCUCUGCUCCCCUCUCGUGCCAACGAGCGCUCGCUUUACCUUACUCUUCCGAGAAGCGGCGACCACCUCAGGAAUCUCCUCCUUCAGUCGCCCGCCAAUCCCGCCAAUGCCAACCGCUUGGACCUGAGUCUCCCUCCACUGGAGAAGACUGUAGUCCAUCCAGUGAGUGAACUUGCAGCCCGCUACUUCAAGCUUGCAGACCUGGAGUCGAAUGUCCAGCAGCAGCCUUUUUUAGCAGCCAACGACUCGGACCAAGCAGGCCAAAGCCGCUGUCUCGCGAUUGCCGAGUCGAUUUUCGUCCUCUUGGCCAUUGAUGAGUUCAAGUCUUACACUUCGAAGCCGGAUCAAAUGAGUCUCUUCAUAUUGAGAGUCUUUGAGCUUUGGGUUGGGAUGGACAAGUGUGCGGUAAAGGUCUGCCGCCUACUUGGCGACUAUCACCCCUUGUUCCCCGCAGAGGCUUUAGAUGUCUUGCACCUCGCCGACCUAUCAGCCAUGCAUAGACUUCAAGAGGUCCAAAGCUAUCUGAAAAUGAGGCGAAACAGCUGCAAGUACCCCGACGAGAACAUCUUAUGCCGGCCAAGCACAAACUGUUUUGCUGCUCGCUACCUGCAAGAGGACGAGAAUGGCCGUCCAAUGCGGCAGUUGCUGGAGAAGAUUGAAGAGCACUCUGCUGCCUCACGCGCCGCGAAAAUCCUAGAAUGGGAGAAGGCUUGCCGCGAGUAUGACGACCUGAGCGAGAAAAUUUCUUCCGGGACAUGUGUUUGCACCUUCAAUUCAGACGGAUCGCGCAGCGUUCACGGCUGUGCCAAGUGCUAUCAUCGGCGUGUCCGUAAGAGGAUGACCAUCAAAGUUCACGAAGACUUUCUUCCUGCCGAGUCUGCGCAAAAGUCGACGGUUGUUUUCGAGCUUGGCAUUCCACCCUAUCUCCAGGCAUAUCGGCACGCAACCUGGAAGGUUCUGCACAAGCUGGGGCAUCCGGGUCCAGCCUUGAAGGCGUCUUCGCCAAUCAUGUUGCUCAAGAGUUACUCCCAACUGGAGCCACCCACUACAGGGGGCAGGCUGUGA